AUGAGCUGCAAUGGUUGUCGUGUUCUCAGAAAGGGUUGCAGUGAGAACUGCAUGCUACGACAUUGCCUACAAUUGAUAGAGAACCCACAAGCCCAAGCUCACGCCACCCUCUUUGUGGCCAAGUUCUUUGGCCGUGCUGCUCUCAUGUCGUUCCUUUCCGCCGUACCUGCCAACCAAAGAUCCGCUUUGUUUCAGUCACUGCUUUAUGAAGCAGUGGGGCGUACUAUAAAUCCAGUGAAUGGAGCAGUGGGGUUGUUGUGGAGUGGGAACUGGCAGCUGUGCCAAAUGGGUGUGGAGAAAGUGCUCCGAGGUGGUGCUGCGUUGACCCCACUCCCUCACUUCCUCAGUAGUGUAGAUGUGCACCAUCAACACCAUGUAACUGAGAGAGUGAUGAUUGCAGGUGGAACAUUGUGUCACCAGGCAAAGAAGCAACGUGUGGGGACACCCUCCCAGGAAUCUGAGACCUCCUAUAUGGGACGUAAACCACAGGAUUCUGCCCCUCAAAGUCAAAGGAACCUCCUUACACUAUUCUUCUGAUACCUUAAUUGCGUUUCUGGGGAUUCACAUGCUUUUAUCAAGCUGAUGUUAGUGGCAUAAUCAAAGAGAUAUCAUACCAUAACUAGAGAUCGAAAUCGGUUUUACCAUUUUA